GCCCUCUUUGCCAUAUAUAUAGAAGCAUGUGGACACAGAUCACUCGCACUGACGCUGUGUUGGCCGCAGGGCUGCCUCUUAUCUCCUGAAGAGAAACCAGCUGGGAUAUAAAGCAGAUCUUUCCGGAGCCACCGACCCCAAAACCACAAUGAGCGACCAGCUAAGCGAUGGCUCUUUCAUGUUUACAUCCGAGUCUGUGGGAGAGGGACAUCCAGACAAGAUCUGCGACCAGAUCAGUGACGCCGUCCUGGACGCUCACCUGAAGCAGGACCCGGACGCUAAAGUGGCCUGUGAAACGGUGUGCAAGACGGGGAUGGUGCUCCUCUGCGGGGAGAUCACAUCUCGGGCCAACGUCGACUACCAGCGGGUGGUGAGGGACGCCAUCAAACACAUCGGCUACGACAACUCAGAGAAAGGUUUCGACUACAAGACGUGCAACGUGUUGGUGGCUCUGGAGCAGCAGAGUCCGGACAUCGCUCAGGGCGUCCAUGUGGACAGGAAGGAGGAGGACAUCGGAGCAGGAGACCAGGGUCUGAUGUUCGGCUACGCCACAGACGAGACAGAAGAGUGCAUGCCGCUGACCAUCGUGUUAGCCCACAAGCUCAACUCAAAGAUGGCUGAGCUCAGACGCAACGGCACCGUCCCCUGGCUGCGUCCGGACUCCAAGACACAGGUGACCGUCCACUACGAGCAGAAGGACGGAGCCGUGAUCCCUCGCCGCGUCCACACCAUCGUGAUCUCCGUGCAGCACGACGACUGCAUCACUCUGGAGGAGCAGAAACGGGUUCUCAAGGAGAAGGUGAUCGACGCCGUCGUUCCUGCUCAGUAUUUGGACGACAAGACCAUCUACCACCUGCAGCCCAGCGGCCGCUUCGUCAUCGGAGGGCCCCAGGGUGAUGCUGGAGUGACGGGCAGGAAGAUCAUCGUGGACACGUACGGAGGCUGGGGCGCUCAUGGCGGCGGAGCCUUCUCUGGGAAAGACUUCUCCAAGGUGGACCGGUCUGCAGCCUACGCCGCCCGCUGGGUGGCCAAGUCUCUGGUGAAGGCCAGACUGUGCAGGAGAGUUCUGGUCCAGGUCUCUUACGCAAUCGGUGUGGCCCAGCCUCUCUCCAUCUCCCUCUUCACCUACGGCUCUUCCCAGAAAUCAGAGUCUGAGCUGCUUCAGAUUGUCAACAAGAACUUUGACCUUCGGCCAGGAGUCAUCGUCAGAGAACUGAACCUGAAGAGGCCCAUCUACCAGCAGACAGCUGCCUACGGCCACUUCGGCCGGCCAGAGUUCUCCUGGGAGGUUCCGAAAAAGCUUGUCUUCUAAAUACCUCAUCACCACUGCGUCCCAGCUGGUCACCAAGGGAUAACGUCGGACCUCUACCCGAGCGACAUGAGCCGUCUACUGAUGAAGAAAUAAAGCCAAAGAUAUAAGCUCCGCCCCACAGCGGCUGCAGCCGCCGAACAUGAACAACUGAAGGGUCUGAACGUCGGUCAGCAGGUCAGAUCUGCGCUGUCCUCCACCUCCUUUAUUUCGCCAGUAAACAGUCAGGUGCAACGCACAUUGUCCUCAGAAUGUGAAGUGUAAUUACUGCUGAAGUCUUAAUGUUUGCGACUGUUCCAUGACUUUUCGGGUGUUUACUUUGGUCACAUGUGCAUCAAGAUGAGAUCUUGUGUGUUACAGUUCAAUCAUCAAUCUGAAGCAGCUCAGUCAUUUUUUCCUCCUCACAGACCUCAUCCAGACAUGUUUUACUCUUGUUUUAUUUUCAAUUCUUAAAAAAAAUGUGAAAUGUCUCGUACUGGAACGAUGUUUUUGUCUCAAAUUAAUGUGACUUUGUCACCACUGAGCUGCUUCCUUCAUCCAUCAUCUUGUCAGCGUUUUUUUUUUUUUUUUGUUUAAACCAUAUUUUUCCUUUCCAGUGUUGACCCACGUCGGUCACUGUUGGCAAAGUAACUGGACCAUGUAAAUAAUUUAGGAGAAUUAAAGAUAUUAAUGGAUUUGUC